AUGAACAAAACUCGCGAUACUCCUAUCAACGGUCAUUUCGAAGAGGAGACUAGGAAUUCUCAGAAGGAACUUGGAAACCAGGGAACUGGAGUGGCUGAGACGACGACCGGCGAAGACUUUGUAGAGUCGCAGGCUCAUCGAUAUGCAACACAACGAGAGCUGGCUCUUCUAUCAACGGUCUUCACUAUUGCAACCUUCAUGAUAGCCAUCGAUGGAAGUAUCCUAGCGACGGCGAUUCCCAAGAUAACGAGUGAUUUCCAUCGACUCAAUGACGUGCCAUGGUACGGUAGCGCGUACCUGUUCACAGAAAUGGCAUUCCAACCUACAUUUGGUCGCCUGUACACCUUGUUCAACGCCAGAAUUCUCUAUCUGACCUCCGUCAUCAUUUUCGAAGCAGGCUCGAUUCUCUGCGCUGCCUCGCCAGAUUCUGCGGCAUUGAUCACCGGUAGAGUGAUUUCCGGCAUAGGAGCCGCCGGCUUGCUUUGUGGAAGUUUAUCGGUUUACGGCACAUCGGUUCCUCUGCGAGCUAGGCCGUUCGGAAUGGCCCUCGUCACCAGCAUGUACGGCGUCGCUGGAGUCCUGGGUCCGACUCUUGGAGGACUCAUCACAGAUACGCCUCGACUUACCUGGAGAUUCUGCUUCUGGAUCAACCUACCGUUUGGGGCGGUAACUUUUGGAAUCGCGUACAAGAUCUUGAGAGCGAGAACACCAAUAUACGGGCGACUGUCGUUGCGCCAAAAGCUGAAGAAACUCGAUCUUCUUGGCGGAUUUCUUCUCAUUGCCGGCCUAAUCACCCUGUUCUUUGCUCUUCAGUGGGGCGGGACCAAGUAUCCCUGGUCUGACCCUAGGGUCUACGUAUGCCUCGUCUUAUUUGGAGUUUUCAUCACAGCUUUCGGCUUGCUACAGGCAAGAAAGAAAGAAGAGGCCACCAUCCCUAUGCGGAUCCUCUCGCAGCAAACGGUGGCCAUCAGCUGCAUCUUCAACAUGCUGAUGUCUAUGGCACAUAAUACGCACAUGUAUUAUUUGGCGUUUUACUUUCAAGCAGUCCUAGGCACCAAUGCCGUGACAUCCGGCAUCCGUUGUCUCGCGUACGGAAUUCCGUGCAGCAUCGCCAUCAUCGUCACAGGAGCGUGCGUCAGCUCAAAAGGCUACUACGUCCCUUUCAUGUGGCUCGGGUCCAGCGUCUUCAUCUCCGGCUGCGUUCUUCUCCAGAGACUUGAUAGAGAGUCGUCAGUGGGGCAGUGGAUUGGCUUUCAAAUCCUCAGCGGGGCGGGCAUCGGCCUCGCGGAACAGGUCCCCUUUAUCGCGGUGCAGGUCGUUCUUCCCGACAGCGACAUGCCCACAGCGUGUGCCAUGGUGGUUUUCCAUCGCUUGCUAGGUGGUGCAGUGGGACUUAGCAUAGCUUCCAACCUCUUCUCCCAGGAGCUGUACCGUCGGCUGGCGGGAGCGCCGGGAGGGGUCCAUGUCAAAGCAAUACAAGACGCGGGCGCAUCGGAUUUGGCGAAGGCGGUUCCCGCAGCUGUUUUGCCGUUCGUACAGAAGGCGUUCAGCUUCGCCAUCUCGAGGGCUUUCAUCUUGCCAAUCGUUGUAGCUGGCACUUCCUUGGUGCUCAGCUUUGGCAUGCAGAGACGAUGGAUUCCAGACGAUCGGGUGCAACCAUCUCCAGAGGGUCAAGAAGCCGGCACCGGCGACCCAGUUGCAACUCCGCCGUUGGAGCAGGGAAGGAAUGAAAAGACUGUAUAG